AUGAAUGUGUACGGCUAGCCGGCUAGUAGCUUUGGCAAUGUAGUCACUAUCAGAAUGAUAUCGCAGCGGGACAGAGGAGAACUUGCACGGUUUUAUACUGUCACAGAUCCUAAGAAGCACCAGAAAGGCUAUACUGUCUACAAAGUCACCGCAAGGAUAAUCUCCAGGAAGAACCCAGAGGAUGUCCAAGAGAUAACAGUAUGGAAGAGAUACAGUGAUUUCCGAAAGCUUCAUCAGAAUCUCUGGCAGCUACACAAGAAUGUAUGUAGCCAGUCGGAGCUGUUUCCUCCUUUUGCCAAGGCCAAAGUCUUUGGUCGUUUUGAUGACUCAGUGAUUGAGGAAAGAAGACAGUGCUCUGAGGAUCUGUUGCAGUUCUCUGCUAAUGUCCCUGCUCUCUACAAUAGUGAGCACAUCCAAGAUUUCUUCAAGGGAGGUGAGGUCCACGACGGAUCAGAGCUCAUAGGACCAGCUGAGCCCUUUUCAGAUUUCCUGGCAGACAGUUUAUCAGACUGCAGCUCUGAUGUUCAAAGAGACAUCAGCGGUGCGGAUGAUUUGACUGUCACAUCCGAGUAUGGAGGUCCGUCCAGUGACAGUGACCUGACCUCCCUUGCUGUGGAUACAGACUCUUUGGCUGAGUUGGAUGAUGGCAUGGCCUCAGGCCGCACCUCCCCGAACCAGCCACAGGGGGGAGCUUCCAACUUUGGCAGCAGCUGCAGCCCUCGCUUACCCUCUCUGCACGAGCGCCGCACCCCAUCUCCUGCCCGAGUCCCUGCUUCCUCUGUCCCUAACCCAGAGGUCAUUUUGCCAGGCCGAACGCCGCUCUUCUCUGGCAGCUUGAAGAAAGCCAGCGGGGGCAACCCUAAGGACGUAAAGUCAGACUACCUAGACAAAGCCAGUGAGCUCAUCUGUCUUGCUGUGCAGAAGGAGAAAGAGCAGGACUACCAGGCAGCUUUUUCGUACUAUCGCAGUGGAGUGGACCUGCUGCUCCAAGGAGUUCAAGGUGAGCCCAGUCCCACGCGGCGAGAGGCAGUGAAGAAGAAGACAGCAGAGUAUCUGAUGCGUGCAGAACAGAUAUCCAGUCAGCAUCUGAGAAGCAACAUGGGUCAAGGGUCAACACAGACAGUGGCUCUGGGGGCACAGUGCUGCCCUUCCACUAGCAGAGGAGGCCAGCAGAGUCCAUCUGAGGAGCUGAGAGCUUAUAGGGUGCUGGGGGUCAUAGAUAAGGUUCUUUUGGUCAUGGACAAGAGAACACAAGAGACGUUCAUCCUCAAAGGUCUGAGAAAGAGCAGUGACUGUGGGCGAACCAAGAGGACCAUCAUGCCUCACUCUGUGCCCUACAUGGUGCAGUUGAGGAAGUUCAUCGUGUCUGAAGACACAGUUUUCCUCCUGCUGCAGCAUGCUGAAGGUGGGAAACUGUGGUCUCACAUUGGAAAGUACCUAUGUAAUUCAAGUCCAGAGGAGAGCUUUGACAUUCCUUUCAUCCAAAAGAGCCACACAGUGGCGGUACACUCUCCACAACAUGCUGUACCACAGCUGGAUGUAGGUUCAGCCGGUUCUGGUUCAGGGCCUGUUGCUGGCUCUGAUUCUGUCUCAGAGCUGCAGAAGAGAGAAAACCUUAGUACGUCUCCUCUUAAAAAUGUUCUCCCGCCAAGGCUUAUCGAGCAAAUUGGGGCCCAGUCAGACUCUGGAGCCACCUCUGAGGAAGAGUGUACCAACAGUUAUUUGACACUUUGCAAUGAAUACGAACAAGAGAAAGUAGAACCAGAUGCACUAGAGGAGGAAGAAGAGAAGAGUGAGCAGGAAAUGCUGUCGCUGGAAGUGCCCGUCGCAACGACCACCACUUCGUCACGUAGUCGCUCACUGCUGAGCAACAACAGCCUCUCUUCACCUCUCAGCUCUCAGGAACUUGGCUUCUUCACUGAGUCAUCUGACAAAAGUGGCCACACCCAUGACAAUGAGCAAGAACAUGGCGAGGAACAGGACCAUGGCGACGUUUUUAGUCCUUUGCCCUCCCCUGCUGUGCCUCUGUCUCUGGAUCAGUCCAAGCACACGCCAAUGGAGUUUUUCCGUAUUGACAGCAAAGACAGUGCAAGCGAGGUGACCUGCCUCGAGUUAGGAGAGCAGCAACCCCCUCAUAAGCAAGUCCCACUCUUCUCAACGUCUGACCGGGGUUCGGAUGAUGUCACAGAGGAUCUUCCAGAGCUGGCUCAGGAGGUCAAGGGCCACAGCUCAGAGCUUUGGUGGAUGGACUGCAGUGAUAAAGGUUCUAAUGAGUCUGUGCCAGUCAUUUCAUUUAAAGAGGCAGUAGUGGAGGAUGAGGGCCACCCACCAGAUCUUUUGGUCAACCUUCCUGUAGUAAGUGGGACUGUAGACUCGUUACAGGAGGAAUUAGAGACUUCAGGAGUGUGUCUGGGCCUCGAGGCCACAGCCUCUCCUCAGAAGUUCAUCCAGCCUGAUGUUUUACAGCUUCACAGCCAGCCGGAGGACGGGGAGGGGCAGCCACUGGAGCAGGAGCUUUCAUCUUUGUGUACAGCCUCUGCAACCUGUGACACCAGUGUUGCAUCUACCUCUCCCCUCAACUCAACGUGGGAUGACUACAGUCUGGCAUUUGGACAAGAGGUCUCUGACAAAAUGGUUGUUGAUCCUGAAUUCCAAAAUAAUGACCUCCCGCUUGAUGCAGAAAUUCCAGAUACUGACUCCCAUAGUGAGAAACUAGAGGCCAGUGCAAGAGUAAACACAGAGCCCAGUGCAGACUCUAUCUCAGCUACGAAUAGCGCUGAGGCCUGUGCAGUGGUCAAGAGUUUAUUAGAUCUUGAUGGUGGAUCAUCAGUAGUUGUUAGUAAUACAGGUGGCAACGAAUUUGAUAAAGAAGUAUCGCGGCUAUUUGCAGAGCUGGACGAGCUGUCGCUGGCUGCAUCCCAAGCUCACAUCCCGGAGGAGUUUGUACGAUGCUGGGCCAUAGAAAUGAUAACAGCCCUGGAUUCUCUGCACCAAGAGGGCAUCAUCUGUCGAGACCUAAACCCCAACAACAUCCUGCUCGACUACCAAGGUCAUGUUCAGAUUACCUACUUUUGUAGCUGGAGUGACGUGGAGGAGUCCUGUGACAAAGAGGCCAUUGCCAAUAUGUACUGUGCACCAGAGGUUGGAGGUAUCACUGAGGAAACAGCAGCGUGUGAUUGGUGGAGUUUGGGCGCCAUCCUGUUUGAGCUCCUGACAGGCAUGUCUCUGCUCCGGUGCCAUCCAGCAGGAAUCGGUCGCCACACGGCCCUCAACAUCCCUGAGUCUGUUUCAGAGGAGGCCAGAUCGCUGCUGGAGCAGCUGCUCCAGUACAACCCAAUGGAGAGACUAGGGGCAGGAGUGGGAGGUGUGGAUGAUAUUAAAUCCCACCCUUUCUUUUCCACAGUAGAGUGGCCCAAGUAAACGCUGUGCAGUUGUGGGACUGCGGAAAGCGGAGUUGCAUGCUGGGAAACCGGCAGUCCCAAAUGAACUCUUUUCAGACUGGACACACAAGUAGAUAUACAGUAAAUCAGAUCAUUCAUCUCUGCACAUAUCUCUCAUUUUGCCUACAGCCAUUAAGUCCCCAUGUAGGUGUUUGAUUUUUUUUUCUUUUUUUUUUUUGCCAAGCAGCAGUAUUACCUUUUCUCUAAAUUGCUCAUUUCUUUAUCUCGUAGCGGGUUUACUGUGUAACUUUUUUGGUGCAGGGAACGUGCGUGGUGCAAUAAUUUAUACAGUAAGUGCUUGAAAUGAGUGAUGAUCCACUACAGCAUUGUUGCUUUCACACUCCUCGUACAGUAGCUCUAAGCCAAAACGACAUGACUGAAAGUGAGAGGUGACAUUCUGUCCUCAUGUUCUCAGUGCAUUAAGUAGGUACUGUCUAUUAUCCAUUGAAACUGACGCAGACUUAAGUCACCUUUCCGAACAACCCACGUGCAAUACACUCAGUUUGUUGCCACCUAUAACACUUAUGUCAUUCCUCAUGGAGCCCAGUGAGAUUAAACUGAGACAGGUCUUUGAUGCUGGGGUUGCACUGUUGCUCAGAUCUAGAAACAGACAUGAUAUCUCAUUUCUUACAACACUGUCAAACUUUUUUUUUUUUUUUUUUAAUUUGCCAACCCCUUUUACUGCCAACCAGUCCAUGUACAGUAACAGACGGACUCUAUGCAAGGCGAAUGAAGAAAAUCUUCUGAGGUAGGAGAUGGAGUUUUGAUUCUGAGUGAAGAGUUAUGUUGAGUUGAGUUAUUUAAUAGAUUAUAGCUGGAAAAAAAAGGGCCAGUAAAGCAGAGUAAGCCUUCCCUCUGUGUGGACAGUGAGUUUUUCAUUCAGGAAAGACAGAAUAAUGGAGGACAAAGCUUGAACCACGCUAAUGAAACCAGCCCUUUUACAGUUUGUAGUUGAUAUACGAAUAUCAGAGCAACCUCUCUGUACUGUACAACAUUGCAUUUUGUGCAUGUAAGAAUAUGAUUAAUGUAAUAUAUUUAAUACUAUGAAAAAUCUAUCAAACAAUAAAUAAUGUGUGUUUUGUAAAUAUACCUUUUAAAGGUUGUUGUGCUGAGCGAAAGGUACACCCAGGUGUCAAAGCCUUGAUUAUGUCCAACGUGUCAAUCACUUACUGCCUCAUCAAUCAAAUCCCUUUUGUUUGUGUCUUGUGUUUGAGCAACACAUUCACUAACUUGCCAUAUAGAGCUUAACUGGUUUUAUAAUAUCUAAUAUCACUGAAUGAUAUAAUAAACAUUUUCAUGGAAAUAUUACAUGCCAUAUGUAAUCUUUAGUAUAAUCAGAUGAGACAAAUACAUUUCUCUUACCAACACACAGAUAGUCACUCCAUUGUAGAAGCUGCACUGUUUACUGCACUGCACCGUGGUGUAAUACAUGUUCACUAACAGAUUCUGUAAAUUAUGAAAUCCAUAUUUCUCCUAUUAACCCUUUAUAUCAGACAUAAACAUCAAAGUCAGAGCAGAUUCUUCUUCUGGUUUCUAUUGAAUGCCCACCCUUGUAUGUGCUGUACAUCUGUACUGGUCUGUCAGUGCAUUCUGGAAAAUAAUAAACAUACCUGGAUGCGUA